UUCAGGCAUAAUUUUAUAACAUUAGUCUAAUUAGUCACGUUUCUUUCGCUAUGUAUGUGUUAAUAUAAAUAAAAUUGUUACAUUCGCUUGUAAAACACAAAAUCUGGAAUUUCAGCUAAUAUUGAGAACCGAUGAAAAUGAAUUCAUUAUUGAAUAAAGUUACAAGAAUCACGGUGGCAGUCGUACCAUCAUUAUCCUUUGGUGGCAGAAAUGUUUGACAGCUAUUGUAAUAGGUGCAUCCUCGUUGAUCUUCGUUACAGCACAGUCGGACUUUAGAAGAGAGAUAAACAUGGCCACAGAAUCUUUGUCAAAAGAGUUUUCUUUAAAGUGGGAUAACUAUGUCGAAACUAUGAAAUCUGGUCUUCUCUCCCAUUUGAAUGAGAAUAAUUUGGUUGAUGUAACACUUGCUGUAGAUGGUCAAUUAAUAACAGCCCACAAGCUAGUUCUCUCAGUAUGCAGUCCUUACUUCAAAAACAUAUUUAAGACAAAUCCCUGUCAGCAUCCGGUGAUAAUACUUAAAGACAUAAAACAUAUGGAGAUUGAGGCUCUACUAAAGUUCAUGUAUCAAGGAGAGGUGAGCGUGAAACGAGAGGACCUACCUACAUUUUUGAAAAUGGCACAGAUAUUCCAGAUAAAAGGUUUGGAGGAUCGAGAAGGACAAAUCAUGCCAAUGAUAAAUAACUACGUCAAUGCAUCGCAUGCACAGUGUAAUUCAGAAAAUGUUAACAUAUUGUCGGACGCUAACAGCGAACAGGGAAAUAAAAGGAAAUUGUCAGAUGGCUCUGCUUGUUCUCAGAAGAUAAGCAAGAAAAACAUGAGAAAAAGAAAGAGACAUUUGCCCGAGCAUGAAAAUGACUCGGUCAAGCAACCAAAGGAUGAUGUAAAUAUUAAUAACACUAAUGAUGAUAUCUAUCUAUUAUCGGACGAUAAUCAAGAUGCGAAUGAUUCUGAAAGUGAACAUAGUAAAUGUGAAAUUGAGGACAAUGAUUUUAAUAACGGUGAUCAAGAAAUACUUUCAUUAACUAAUAAAUCAAAUUCGAACGACAAUUCGAUGCAAUCAGCAAUAAUGACUUCGAAACGUAAGAUGAAUAGCACGGUAUUAACGGAUUCGAAUUGCGACAGCAAUGAUGAUGAUGUUGUCAGUUUUAAAAAAAGAAGAAUUAAUGUGAUCGACAAUUCUGAUUCUGAUAGUGAUAUCCAAAACACUAGACACACCUCAAAAUAUAUUAGAAUUAUGGAAAAUGAAUACAAUCACAAUGGCAAUCCAUUCGAAUUUGUAGAAAGAUCCAGACUGCAACAUCAUUUACCUGUUAGUUCCAAACCGAUUGUUUACUUCAAUCUCUCUUUUACUGAUUCGCUUUGGGCAAUGAUGGUUCAAGAAACAAAUAGAUAUGCCAAAGAAUUAAUAUCAGCAUCCAUUCCAAAUUCUAAGUCGAGACUGAUAGAUUGGUAUCCAGUUACUGUCCUGGAAAUGAAGGCCUUUCUUGCAGUUUUAUUGGAAAUGGGAAUAACAAGAAAGCCAACGAUAUAUUCAUAUUGGGCUGUAGGUUCAAGAGCAAUACCCUGGUUUAGUAAAAUGUUCUCAAGGAACAGAUUCCAAAAUAUUUUAAGAUGUUUCCAUGUAAUCGACAAUAAAAAAUGUUUCCCACCAAGCCAUGGAAAAUAUGACGCAUGUGCGAAAUUUAAUCCAAUUCUGGAGCACGCCAAUCAAGUAUUUCAAAUGCAUUACACGCCACAGAAAAUGUUGUCCAUUGACGAAUCUUUGGUGGAAACGCUGUGUCACUCAAGCAUCACGCAAUAUUUACCGAACAAAAAACAUCACAAGUGGGGCAUAAAAUUUUGGAUGCUUUGCAAUGCUGUAUCCAAAUAUUGCAUAUCAUUUUACUGUUACCGAAACGCGAAAUCAAAGGUUUCGAAAAAUGGGCUUGGGUACGAUGUUGUUGAAAAACUACUGCAAGAUGCUGAUUGUUUGAAUAAAGGACAUCAUAUAUAUGUGGAUAAUUUUUUUACAAGUAAUGCUUUGGCAAAAUUUUUAUAUACAAAAAAUACCUAUAUAACAGGCACAAUAAGAAAAAAUAGAAAAGACAUUCCAAGUGAAGCUAAGCAAGUAAAGGUUGGAGAAACGAAAUAUUUUCAAAACGGGGAAGUGCUUCUAUGCGCACAUCGCGAGAAACGAUCUUCGAAGAACCCCGUUUUGUUGAUUUCUACGGAGGCGUCAACAGCGAAUGCAACAGUGGUUAAAAAACGCUAUGGAAGGGAAAGAGAGAAGACAAAACCAAACAUUAUUCAUUCAUAUAAUAAUUUUAUGGGUGGUGUGGACGAAUCCGACAAGAUGUUGUAUACUUAUUUAGAUGAACGUCGCACUCUAAAGUACUGGAAGAAAGUGACCUUUAAUAUAAUUUCACGGAUGGUAUUAAAUUCGUAUUUGCUAUAUAAAGAAACUGUAGGAAGGCAAGCAAUAUCACGACUCCAAUACACGUCUAAUAUAAUUUCUAAAAUAGAAGAUGAAUGGACUCGAACAAGAAAAGACACGUGUAUCAUGAAGGGGGAAAAACCAUACGGGUUAGAAAAACUACCAGGGCGCAAUUUGAGGCGUUGCAUAGUCUGCAGUACAAAGAACAAUGUUAUUAAAAGGUCCAACUUAAUUUGUGUAGGAUGUAAAAAAGGUUUGCAUCCAUUGUGUCUUCACAAGCAUGUGUGUAAAUUUUAAUAAUAUUUGCAUCCAAAUGUUAAAUUCAAAUUAAAAUUCGUUUUUUAUCAGCUAUUUCGUUCAACAAAUAUUUUAUUAUUGUUUUUUAUAGUUUAUUCUACAUAGCAUACUUCAUUACAUUAUUAUAGCGAUUUGUAAAUGAAUUUUUUAUAUGAAUAAAAGUAUGUAAACCUAUAAAAUGUAAAAUUACUCCAAUUUUAUCUUUUUUUACCGAAGAUUGAAAGGUCACCGUAAAGUUGUGCAUCGAGAAAAACCGAGCCUGCUGUGAUUAUGGGCUUCGCAGCCCAGAGCGUUGCAGUUUUCAGAAGAGAACAGAAGAAGCGCGAUCGCGCCGCUUGGCACUCAAACGGUUAAUGUAAAUAUCAAACAAAAGAGGCAAAUGAGUCUGACAUUCAACGAAUAACGACUUAAACUGUCACUGAGAAAGAGUAGAAGCAGAUUGAAACAUUCAGUGUGCGUCUGCAGGAAUUGAAUGUUGAAACUACAGUAGAUACUCAGUAGAUACAGAUAUGCAAAUAUCUGUUAUUCAGAUUCUCAUCAGCCUUUUUUUGACUGCUGAAACGAUUAAUCCAUCGAUAAAAAGUAAAUUGACGUGAUUUCGCAGCGGAAGUACCAGUGACGUACCGGUUAUCAGCCAGAGGCAGACCGCAGUUGGUACACGCGGGAUAUGUUUACAACAUGACGUCACGUUCCGAGG